AUGGCGGCGGCGGAGGGGGGCCCGGGCAGCGGCGGCGGGGACGGCGAUGUCCCCUCCGACACCCGCCUGCAGGCCUACGCCUGGUGCCGCGAGUUCCUGGCCGGUUCCUGGAAGCUCAUCGGACCGGAGGAGUUCGAUAUCUUGCCGGUCAGCGGGGGUCUCAGUAACCUCCUGUACAAGUGCGCGCUGCCCGAGCGCAUCCCGAGCGUGGGGGACGAGCCCCGGCAGGUGCUGCUGCGCGUCUACGGGGCCAUCCUGCAGGGCGUGGACUCUCUGGUCCUGGAGAGCGUCAUGUUCGCCAUCCUGGCCGAGCGCUCCUUGGGGCCGCGGCUUUUCGGGGUGUUCCCUCAGGGCCGCCUGGAGCAGUACAUCCCGAGCCGGCGGCUGCGCACGGAGGAGCUGCGGGACCCGGCCGUGUCCGGCGAGAUCGCCGCCAAGAUGUCGCGGUUCCACGGGAUGGUGAUGCCCUUCAACAAGGAACCCAAGUGGCUCUUCGGGACCAUGGAGGGGUACCUGGAGCAGAUCUCGGAGCUGUCGUUCCCGGAUCCGGCCCAGCGGGAGCAGCUGGAGCAGCUCCGGAGCCUCAACCUGGAGCAGGAGAUGAGGAGCCUCAGGUGA